AUGAAUCAACAUCGAACAAAUAAUAAUAAUAUUAAUAAUAAUAGUAAUAAUAUUAAUAUUAAUAAUACUAAUAGUAAUAAUAGUAAUAAUAGUAAUAAUAGUAAUAAUUUCAAUUUCAAUACUAGGGCCAAAGAAUUUAACAAUUAUAAAUUCAAAAAUAAGCCUAUAUUCAAUGUAAACGCUGCUCCUUUUAUUCCUUUAUACCAACCCACGUUUGAUAAAUCGCCGACGUCAAAAGACAAUAAUAAAUUAACGGUUGAGAUUUGUCAUUUUCCAAAUUCAAUAACUCAAGAGGACCUUAUUGAGUUUUUAAAUAAUAAUCAAAUUGAUAUAAAUAAGCAUAAAGUUUUGCAAAUUAUAAAAGAAUAUGAAGCAAAAGUAAUUUUGGAAGUUUGUAAUUAUGAAAUUGCAAAUUUAUUGUAUACUCAAAUCGACGGUUCACAAUUCCAUGGAAAAACUUUGGGAGUCAUUAUAAAUAAUAAUCAUCAAACUUCAUACUUUCCUGAUGAAAUUAAUAAUUAUUCGAGACGUGCUAGCUCAAAAAGUAGUAGUGAUAGUGAUCAUUUAUCAUUAUCAAAUUACUCAUCAUCAUCCCUCAAUACUACUACAGAGCCUGUUCCUCCUUUCAUAAUGAAUAUGAUUCAAAAUAACCAUAAAAACUCGACAUCUUCACCUACAAUCCCAUAUCCCUAUCCUUACUUGAUCAAUAAAAUAAAUGAAGAAGAAUAUGAACAUCUGCUGUCUGAAGAAUUGGACUCUGCCACCUCCAUACUAGUUCCAAUUGGCGAUGGUGAAAAUCCCGACCAACUAAUACCCGUGAACCCAUUGAGGUUAUUCAUUGGAAAUGUACCAUAUUCAUCAAAUUGGGUCUCCUUAAGAAAUUUUUUAUUGGAUAAAUCUCAAGAAUUAGCUCCAGGUUUUCCUAUAUCAAUUCAAAGAGUAGAAAUACCAAUACAACAAAUUAAUACAGAAGAAUAUAAUUAUCAUUUAUAUCAAGGCGUUUUGCAAACACAACCAUUACCUCCAAUUAUAAUUAAAAGUAGAGGUUUUGCAAUCGUCAAAACUGGAAAUAUAGAAACUUCAAAUAAAUUAAUUGAUUUAUUUAAUAAUAUAGAAUUUGAAGGUAGAAAAUUAACUGUCAGAUUUGAUAAAUUUCCACAAUAUACUAAUUAUUCAACUCAACAAACAAAUACUCAAAGAAUAAUAUUACCACCAUUAGAAUUUUAA